UCCAUGGCUUCCAGGGAGAGCCAGUUGACUGCCACGCUCCUGACCUCCAUCUUGGCGGCGGUGUUUGGCUCACUCCAGAUUGGCUACCACACAGGCAAUGUCAACGCUCCCGCCAGGAUCAUCGAGGAGUUCUUCAAUGUAACCUGGAGGUCCAGACAUAACCAGUCGAUGCCCGAUCACAGUCUGACCUUCCUGUGGUCCCUCUCGGUCAGCAUCAAGGACUUCGGAGCCUUGCUUGGGUCCCUCGGGGUCAAAUGCCUGGCUGACUCCUACGGAAGGCGUAACUCCAUCCUGAUCGUCAACGCCCUUUCCGUGGUGGGCGCCUGUCUGAUGUUCUCCUCCAAGGCCAGCGAGUCGUUCGAGGUCCUGAUCGUGGGACGCCUGGUGUUCGGCCUGUUCUGUGGCCUGGUCAUGAGCCUCAACCCUCUCUACAUCCAGGAGGUGUCGCCCACUAACCUGAGAGGGGCCUUCGCCACCCUCAACCAGGUGUCCUUUGCCACAGGCAUCCUGCUCGGCAUGCUGGCGGGCCUUGAGACAGUGCUGGGAACCGAGGAGUCCUGGGCUAUGAUGCUGUCCCUGUCCCUCAUCCCCGCCCUGCUCCAGUACCUCAGCCUGCCCUUCUGCCCCGAGAGCCCCCGCUACCUGCUCAUCAACCGGGGGGAGGAGAGCCAGGCCGAGAACGCCUUGCUGAGGCUCAGAGGAAGGUCAGACAAGGUCUUCACAGAGCUGGAGGAGAUGAAGGAGGAGGCCGCUCGCACCCAGACAGGGGUGACCAUCAAGGAGUUCUUCAUGAAGCGGAGCUACAGACAGCCAAUCAUCAUCGUCCUCAUUGUCAACCUGGGCAGCCAGUUGUCAGGGUUCAAUGCGAUCAUCAACUACUCCACCAAGAUGUUUAACCAGUCCAGGAUGGAUGAGGCCAAGUACUUGACACUGGGGGUCGGGGCGGUCAACGUGACCUUCACGUUGGUGGCUUUCUUCCUGAUGGAGCGGGCGGGGCGCAGGAAGCUGCUGCUGACCGGCUUCAUAUCUCUGGCAGCCUGCAACCUGCUCAUGACCAUCACAGACUCCUUGCUGUUUAUGGUCCCGGAGCUGUGUAGCCUGCAGGUCCUGGUGGUGUUCUUCCUGAUCUCAGCCUACGAGCUUGGCCCCGGGCCCAUCUCCUGGUUCAUAGCUGCCGAGCUGUUUGACCAACCAAGCAGACCCACCGCCAUGGCCUUCACCAGCAUGCUCAACUGGGGAGGGAAGUUUCUGCUAGCCCUGCUCUUCCCCCCACUGCUGAAGGUGUGCGGUGCCUACGUCUACCUCCUCUUCAUGACGGUGGCCAUUGUGGCGUUUACCUUCACGUGGCUACGCCUCCCAGAGACCAAGGGCCGCACCUUCGACGACAUCGCAGCCGAGUUCCGCGGGGCUGAGGGCAUCCCCCUGCACAACAAGACUGGCUUCAACACCUUCACCUGACCACCCCCAGAGCCUGGCCCCCAUCCCACUAUCACCACCACCAGCUGACCCAGCCUCCCUCCAGCCUGGCCCCCAUCCCACUCUCACUACCACCAGCUGACCCAGCCUCCCUCCAGCCUGGCCCCCAUCCCACUCUCACUACCACCAGCUGACCCAGCCUCCCUCCAGCC